CUGUGGGGGAUGGUUGUUUAUUUUAUAGGUUAUCAUAAAACAGACAGCUGAAUGUGAUGGAGAAAUAGAAAAUUUGAAACAGAUAUUAAAUAAUUAUUCAGCUGAGUUCUCCCCGGGACAUGUAUCACAAAAGCAAGUUGCCAACCUGCCUUCACUACAGGGGGAGAUGGAAGGGUUGGAAGAGCAGAUUCUGAAUCUAAACCAGAAGAAGGAAGAUCUGCUGGUGGGCUUGAAGGCCGCUGUACUGAACCUUCAUGAGCACCUGAAGCGAGAACAGCAAGAAGGGGAAGGAGAUGAGCUGUCGUCAGGCCCCUCAGAAGAGGGCGGGGCCGCGGAGAGGCCGCCUACCUCAGACAGGAAGCUGAACAGAACAAGCUCCAUGUCUUUCCUGCCAGUGGUCAAGGAGGAGGCAGAAGAAAGCUCCGUGAAGAGUGAAGUAAGGACAAACAAUGUUCUUUUUGUUUUUGUUUUUUGUUUUAAAUUAUUCUAUUAUUUUUUAAAUUGUCAGGCGUGGGGGAUGGGUAAGGGGUUAUAUACCCAUGACAUGAGUAAGGAGCCUUCAGAGGCCAGGGGUGCCUGAUGCCCUGGAACUGGA